CUCGCUCCUAACCAUGAAUUCCGAAGUUCAGCCCUUCUUCAUCAUCUUUUCGGACUAACAUGCUUCAUCCAUGAGAUUCAAGAACCCCCUUCCGACCCUGCUACUACAAAACAAGCGAAAUUCAAGUUUAAACUUCGCAUCGUCAGCUGCUGAAUAGUGCGUAUCAUCUAGAUAGGAUGUGAUCUCUCGCCAGCCCUUGUGUAUGUUGGGUGCUUGCCCUUGCACAAUCCCUCAGGAAUCGCGCGCAUUAUAGACCACUUCUGUGAAGUCAGAGAAUCAUUUUAAUUCCUCUCCAUGGCGGGCAACUUAGGUUAUUACAAAAGCAAUUGCGAGUGCAAUUUGGUCGAUUACACGUAUCUUCCAUUGCGGAACUCAACGCAGCAGAUUAGGCUUGUGGAACUACUACCGGCCGCGGAAAAUGAUAGCAUCAGAGUCAUGAUUCACCAUACAGAUCUGCCACUGCUGACAGCUCCACAGAAUCCCCUUCCAAGGGCCAGCUUCGAACAGGUUGAGGAGACGCUACCCCCACGUUGGAGUUUGCGCCAGAAUCCAUUGGGCCAAUACAUUUUCGAGAACCAAGACACCGGAAAGUUACAGUGGGAACAUCCCAAACCGGACGUCGAUCAUUCUACAUACAAGCUUCCUCCAUCUCCCAAGGAGGACUUCGAGCCGAAAUAUGAGGCAUUGUCUUACACAUGGGGCAGCAACCACAAGUUACAACACAUUAUAGUCGAGCAUGCACGCCCCGCUCUAGCUACGGACAAUCAAUUCUAUUCAGCCGAAGAUCCCGAAACACUGCGGCAGAUAACCGCCUUUAAAUUAGCUGUGACUGACAAUGUUGUAGAAGCACUUCGAUACAUGCGCUAUCAGACCCGGUCGCGGCUCUUGUGGAUUGACUCCAUUUGUAUUCAACAAAGUGAUGAUGUGGAGAAGAGCCAGCAAGUGUCUUUCAUGCCUGUCAUUUACCGGCAAGCAUACCGUGUCGUUGUGUGGCUUGGCCCAGAAGCCAACGGCAGUAAUCAUGCAAUACAGGCUUUGCAGUACAUUGGCAACCAAAGCGAGGUCGAUGCACACAGUGCAUCCUGGAUUCCUUCUCCAGAUGCUGUAGAGUUUGAAUGGGCCGAUACGACAGUAAAAUUGCCUUACGAUGAAGAUACUUGGAAAGCAGUAUUGGCGUUGCUCAGACGUCGCUGGUUUACACGGCUAUGGGUUGUCCAAGAGAUUCAUCUCGCAAAUACAAGGCCUGGGGCAAUAAUACAGUGUGGUUUCGAUUUUAUGGAAUAUGUUGAUUUGAAGCGUGCCAUAUGUUGUCUUGAGCAUAGAAUUCUGCCGUCUGAGGCUGUAAAACAAGUUGUAGCACAUGCCUGGCGCCUCCUCAGGCUGACAAGAGACGGAAUUUUUAGGUUAGUCCUCCGCACAGUCAUGGUGGGAAGAGAUUGUGAAGAUCCACGAGACAAGGUCUAUGGCAUGCUCGGUCUUGCACCGCGACAACUCGCCUCGAAAAUUCGACCCGACUAUUCUGCCACAGUGAUGGCUGCAGACGCCUUCAGAACAACAGUUCUGGCUCACGCGCGACAGGUUGAACGGCUCGAACUAUUCGAUCUUUGUUCAUUGCUCGGACGGAAUAUUGGCGGGCCCUCGUGGGUGCCGGACUGGACUACUUCGCACCGCAAUGGCUCACCCUGGUUCCUUGGCAGUCAAUUUGCGACCGGUGCUUCACGGGCACAUUUCAAUUACGAUAACAGCAAACCAUAUACGCUCGAAGUAUUAGGGAUCCAAUGUGCUGUGGUGUCGCGGGUAUCCGAGCCACUUCGGUCGGAACCCAAUAGCUGGGACGCGGUAUUGCACGUAAGGCGGUGGCAGCCCCAACACUUGGAUCUGGACACGGCGCUUUAUGAGCCUACUGGCGAACCCCUGAGAUCAGCAUAUGGCCUCACUUUAAUAAACAAUAGGAUCAAGGAGCGGUGGCCACAGUAUGACUUUCUCCCUUCACAAGACCAUUGGUUAAAGCAAGACCGGAAUGAUGCGCUAUUCGGAAGUCAUGCAAACCUGGAAUUUGACGAACAGCGCGAGUCUCGCACCCGAGAGAGGGUCAGCACAGGUAUCCAAUACGCCCUUAGGUUUUGCCAGGACCGACUAUUCGCGAGUACCCACGAGGGUUACUUUGGGCUGGCGCCUGCGGACACAAAAUCCGGUGAUAUAGUAGCUCUUUUCCUUGGGUGCCCAAAUCCAAUAAUUAUCCGGCACAAAGGAGGUAUUUCAUCAUAUCAAAUUGUCGGCGAAUGUUGGAUCUAUGGACUUCAUGAUGUCAUUAAGCUGCUCGGUCCCAUCCCCAGCCCUUAUCGGGCGAGGGCAUUCUACACGUCGGACGGGCGAGAGAACUACGGCUUCGUUAAUUCGGAUUCCGGUGAACUUGAUAAGGAAGAUCCUAGACUUGAACCACUUUCCUCGACAACGUGGCGAAGAAUCCAUCAAGACGUUGAUGGAGAUUGUCCAAUGCAUUACGAUUUCUUCCAACAACAAGAGACGGGGCAAGUGACAAAUUAUGACCCAAGAUUAGAGCCCGAAAUAUUGAGGGAAAGAGGCAUUCAUUUAAAUUUAUUUUCUCUGAUUUAGCAAUCGAGCAUUAACUAAUGCAGAAUUUUAGUCUUUAAGACGGCAUCCUUAAAAUGCGAUGUAGUGGUUGCUGCUAAAAGAUACGGUAGAUGAGCUGUAUGUUUCUUAUGUUGACUGUUGUACUAGCUAGUAAAUCUAUGGGGGAAGUCCUGA